CGUGCAGACCUACAUCUUUGUGACACUCAACAACCGUCAUUAAACCAAAGCCCCUUAAGUGCUGUUGAUUAGCGGAACCAUGGGGUCGGGUCGUGACGGCCGGCCUGCGAGCUACACCAAGAAGAACUUCUCCCUGGAGAAGCUCAAGCUCAGCAGCAUGAAGGAUGACCUGACCGUUCUGCGCCAUAUGUGGUUCGGCAGCAAGAAGGGCGAUGAUCACGCUGCUCGCCUGGAGAGCUUCUACGGGCCCCAGGCCGCUGCCUAUGAUGCUUUCCGGUCGCGGUUCCUCUGGGGUCGCAGGCCCAUGCUCGCUGCAGUUGCUGCCCGCCUGGCCGAGCGCUCGAACCUCAUCUGGGUUGACCUGGGUGGUGGCACUGGGGAGAAUGUCGAUAUGAUGGCUGAUUACAUCGACCUGGCGAAGUUCAAGUCCAUCUACGUGGUCGACCUGUGCCACUCGCUGUGCGAGGUGGCCAAGAAGAAGGCGAAGGCCAAGGGCUGGAAGAAUGUCCAGGUCGUGGAGGCCGACGCUUGCCAAUUUGCGCCCCCUGAGGGCACCGCGACGCUCAUCACCUUCUCCUACUCGCUCACGAUGAUUCCACCGUUCCACAACGUCAUCGACCAGGCUUGCUCGUACCUGUCCCAAGACGGCCUGGUGGGCGUUGCCGACUUCUACGUGAGCGGCAAGUACGACCUGCCCCUGCGCCAGAUGCCCUGGUCGCGCCGUUUCUUCUGGCGAUCGAUCUUCGACAUCGACAACAUUGACAUCGGCCCCGAGCGCCGCGCCUACCUGGAGCAGAAGCUGGAGCGCGUGUGGGAGCAGAACACCCAGGGUUCGAUCCCCUACGUGCCGUGGCUGCGCGCCCCCUACUACGUGUGGAUUGGCCGCCUGCCCAGCGUUGGCCACGCCCUGCACGAGGAGCGCGUGGAGCGGCCGCCCAUGUUCCCGCCCACCUUCCUGUACACGCAGUCGUGGGAGGACCCCGAGCCGGAUAUGGAGGUGAUGGAGAUCAACCCCAAGGACACGGUGCUGACCCUGACUAGCGGCGGCUGCAAUGCCCUGAACCUGCUGGUGCAGGGGGCCGGCCAGGUGGUGUCGGUGGACUGCAACCCCGCGCAGUCGGCGCUUCUGGAGCUGAAGAAGGUGGCCAUUCAGCAGCUGGAGUUUGAGGACGUGUGGCAGCUGUUCGGCGAGGGCGUGCACCCGCGCAUUGAGGAGCUGUACGAGAAGAAGCUGGCGCCCUUCCUGUCGCAAACCAGCCACAACUUCUGGUCCAAGCGCCUCUGGUACUUCCAGCACGGCCUGUACUACCAGGGCGGCAUGGGCAAGCUGUGCUGGGUGCUGCAGUGCCUGGCCGUGGUGCUGGGACUGGGCAAGACCGUCAAGCGCCUCGCCAACGCGCCCACAAUGGAGGAGCAGCGCCGUCUGUGGGACAGCAACAUGCUCAUCCACUUCGUGAAGAACGGGCCCAAGCCGCUGGUGUGGCUGUUCGUCAAGUUCGUGAGCCUGGUGCUCUUCAACAAGGCCGUGCUGUGGUUCGGCGGCGGCGUGCCGGGCAAGCAGUACGCGCUGAUCAAGGCGGACGGCAUCCCCAUUGAGAACUACAUCGCGCGCACCAUGGACGGCGUGGCGGAGAACUCGCACGUGCGCAAGCAGAACUACUUCUACUACAACUGCCUCACCGGCAAGUUCCUGCGCGACAACUGCCCCACCUACCUGCGCGAGGCGGCCUUCGCCACCCUCAAGAGUGGCGUGGUGGACAACCUGACCGUCUCCACCAACUUCUUCAUGGAGGAGCUCAAAGCGCGCACCUACACCAAGGUGAUUCUGAUGGACCACGUGGACUGGCUGGAUAUGCCCGUGGCCAACGAGCUGGCCGAGUGCCUGGCCAAGCAGGUUGCGCCGGGCGGCAUCGUCAUCUGGCGCUCCGCCUCCCUCAGCCCGCCCUACGCCGAGCUGAUCCAGAAGGCGGGCUUCGACGUGCGCUGCAUCCGCCGCGCCACUCAGGGCUACAUGGACCGCGUCAACAUGUACAGCUCCUUCUACAUGGCCCGCCGGAAGGGCGCCAAGAAGGACAACUAAGCAGCUGGCGGCGAAGGCACGGCGGGCAAGUGGCCGGCUAGCAACAGCCAAUGGCGCUGACAUCGCAGGAGCAGUGCGUUGGUUGCUAGCCGGCGGCGUGCCGUGCAGGGAGCACCGCUGUGGUCAAGCUGCGGGGACUGGGCUGGCAGCGGAAGCAGUACAGGCAGCGGCGCAAUGGGCCCGUUACUCGUGCGGGCCCUGCAGUCCAGCUCGAAUCAUUGCAGCUUGCUAGCCCGGCUGUCACAGCAGCGCUUCGGUAGGUGCGGCCGUCCACGUUUAGCGUGCUGGACUCCAUAGUAGUGGUGCCAGUAGGAGUUAGGACAAUGACCAGUAGCGCAGUUGAGGACGGGCAUUUUCCCGGUAGCCCAGGUUCCGCUGUCUGUGGUUGGUGUGUGGCAAUCCACGCCGGACGCAGUUGUAGGGGACACCGGGUCGCCGCACAGGCUUCCUGGCCACUGCUGUGUGGGGUGUGGGGGACCGAUAGCGCCCGAGGCAGCACCCUGGGGAUCAUUAAGUAAACGAAUGAAGUGCGUGACAGCGACAGAAUCGCGCAGUUGGAUGUGUGCUGUGUUAUGUCUGGUUUCCAUCUCAUGUGUUGCUGGUGCCGCGGAGGGGAGCGGAAGGCACAUGGCGGCCGGUCUGGCGUCCUCGAGUGCCUAGUAUCGGGGCUGCUGCACGCUCUCAGCAGUGCAGUUGCUUCGGGAGGCGUGCUUUGGGAUUCCGACGGACUGUGAGUGUUUGCCAUUGUGUGCACCACGCGAAGCUGCCAAGUACUCGGGUGCUCACGCACGGCAAGCAUAGCUCGGCCCCGGGCCUCCCGAUGCGAUCCGUCUGGGCAGGUGGAGGGGCUUUUAUACUGUUUGCUUCCGUUGAGACGCGCUGCGAUGGCGUUGAGUCCGGGACCCCGGCGGCGUACCGUAUCAUUUCGGUGGCAGGUGCUGCGUAGGAGUAACCGGAUGCAACACUUCACGGUUGGGCUGUUCAUUGUCCUUAUAAAGUUGUAGAUGGUGGUAAGUGAGUGACGCAGGAGUGCCAGUGACACAUUGUGUGAGCCGUCGACUGCAUCUUGAACCAGAGCUCUCCCGCUGUAUGGGCGCCAGGAGUCGGAGCGUGCGCUUGCAUGGACGCACAGAAUGAGGCUGAGGCCGCAGGAGUCUGGGCAUUCACGAGCGACCAACGGACGCGGAUGCGGGAGAUUGCCCAGCUGGCGGUUGUCAGUACCGGUACUUGACGAGAUGACCGGGACCAAUUUUAGAUUCGGACGAGUAUGCGGGAGGACGCGUCGGGCCAGUGUCGGUGAGUGUACAGGGUGCAAGGCGCGCAGCCCAAGCAAGGCGAGGGUGAUGAGAAUGUAAGGACUCAAUUCUUGCAUAUUCGCUCCAACACAGCAGCUCCGGACACCUGAUUACAUGUGAUGAUGCUGGCGAGUGGGGGAGACGGCAGAGGAGCCGUGUAGGCAGGGUGGCGAGCAGUGUUGACUCGCAGAGGCACCCCGCCAAUGUGCACACCAGACGAGUACUGCAGUGCCAGGAGACCAGCGCGUCGCCAUCAGGCCUGGCGGCAGGAGCGGUGCAACUAGGUGGAGUUGGAUGGACGGCAAGGGCAGGCAAGGGACGCAGAACAAGGUACCCAACAGCUCUGAGAGGAGCCCAGGUCACAGCGAGCGUGGGCACUAUCUUUAGUGUAAGUGCGUGUGACGUUGCCCACGAGCCAAUGCCCCAGCGCCUUGAAAUCACAUGUGUGGGAGGCAGGUACAUGCCGUAUGUGUUGAGGGCGCGCAGUGUGCGUGUGUACCCCAUGUGCGGCGAUCGGGUCAGCGGCAGGCCGCCCGACGCCAGGCGCGUGUCCAGGUGUCCAGGUGCCUAGCCACCCGCAGGCUAUCGCCCCAGGCCUGCAGUAUUGCAUCGCAAUCGCAUCUGCGAAUCUGCAAUGAAAUGCCCCGUAAUAAUAUAUGCGCUGACUUAUCGCAGCGCAGUGGAGAUAAGUCUACUUAUUGCGACGUAACUGCCGUGUUGCGUUCAAGUCACGCACGGCGCAGGACGCUCGGGUACGUGCCUGCAUGGGGCCGGACCGAGCUGGGUCUUGUAGGCGUCAGGAGCACACGGCGCUUUAUCUGCCGUUGUGCUUCUGUACUGUAUUUUCGGAUCGUCCCUCUGCCGGGACGGUGACAACCCACCCGCCCCCCCUGGCGCCGCCGCGGAUUAAUGUGGUGGUACCCGUGGGCGCCGCGGCGUGGUUGUCUGGACUCUGCCAUUAGGCGCUACGUGCAUGCGACACACCCAGUACUGGCAGCACUUUCGGCCACUAGUGCAACCUCAACACGGGCGGGCUUGGGCGGGCACGGCGGACUUGAUGGGGUAUCGGGAACUGUACGGCCCGAGCUAGGAGGCCGUAGUAUGAAGGCCGCUGCGGGCCGCAAGUGAGUUGUGAGGCUGCUUAAGCAAGGCAUGAGUGGAGGCUAUUGUCGGUUUUGAGAGAUUGGGAUUGUCGUUUGGGGCCGUGGCGGUUUGUAACGCUACACGGCA